ACGGCUCCGGCUGCAAAUUCUGCCCUAUGGACUGGCUGUCACACAGGGGAAAGUGUUACUGGUUUUCCAAAGACAGCAAAAACUGGAAGGAGAGCUGUGAUGACUGCUCCGCGAAGAGCUCUCGAAAGCUAGUGAUCCAAGACCAGGAGGAGAUGGAGUUCAUACAGAACGUCACACAUGGUAAAUAUCAUGUCUGGCUUGGGCUCAGUGUUACAUCUGCAGAGAAGAACUGGAUGUGGGUGGACAGCUCCGUGUUAGACCAAACUCUGUUCCCAGUAACGGGUCCUGCUGACGUGAACAGCUGCGGGGUGAUAAAAGGGAAUCGGAUUCACUCUGAAACCUGCAGUGCUGAAUUCAAAUGGAUUUGCGAGAAGGAAGCCAUGCCGCUAUAAACAGUGGCAUUAGA